AUGGGCAAAUCAUAUGGAUAUCAGUUCCAGUGGCCCUUCCCAAGGAAUCCCAAUGCCUUAUAUAGAUUUGCUUCGAACGCUACUCUCAUCGCAGUCCUCUCAGCGUGCAAACUCGUCUUCUCAUUAAACUUGAAUCGAAUAUCAGUCAUUAACAAAAGUAGGCUUCUGUCUGCUCUGGAAAAUAAGUCGAGACCGUUGAUCACUGUGUCAAAUCAUCGUAGUAACAUGGACGAUCCUUUAAUCUGGUGUCUUUUCACUUGGCGUGAAUUCUUCUCUAACAUAUCAAGAUUCCGGUACACCUUGGCAGCACAUAACAUAUGUUUUACCAAAGCUUGGCAUACUUUGUUCUUUUCACUGGGUAAGUGUAUACCCAUUGUGCGCGGUGAAGGUGUUUAUCAAAGGGGAGUUGAUUUCUGUAUCGAAAAACUUGCAGAAAAUCAGUGGGUUCAUGUCUUUCCCGAAGGCAAAGUAACACCUGUUCCUAUACGGAUCAAGUGGGGUGUAGCGCGUAUGAUUAUGGAAAGUCCAAAUCCUCCAAUACUUUUACCUAUAUGGAUACACCAAAUGGCUGAGGUCUGGCCACAAUCGAAACCAUAUUAUCCAAGAAUAGGAAAGCAUGUCAUAAUAAUAAUAGGCUCUGAAGUGGAUAUGAAAGAACAUAUGUGGAGAUUCCGCGCUGGCUCUGUAUUAGAAAGGCGAAAAGUACUUGCUGAUUUUGUGCAGGAAAAAUUGUUUGACCUCAGCGUUCAGAUUGACAAAAUGAAGCUUUAG